AUGGUUAGCUCAGAGUCAUGCCAUCCCUGGAGUGAGUGGACUACUGCACCUUUCUCUAUCAUCACCGACACCGCAAGUCAUACGCUCACCAUCCCCGAUGAGACCGGUGGGAUCGUCCUCAAUGCGGCUGGUGUCCCAAGCAUUAUCCGCAAGCGAGCAGACCAAACAAUCCACCCUUUUACUGUCCAACCGCCAGGACGUUGA